GAGUGGAGGGGCCCCGAGGAGUAGCUGCGAGGAUAGGAGGAGGGCGGAGCUGGGGCUUGCGGGAGUCGAAGGUGGUUGAACUACGGAGUGUACAACACUGGAGUCUGUAGAAGGGCAACGCACCGGGAAUGGGCGAGUGUGCGCUGAGUAACGCAGCCUGGUGAUGACAGCAAGCAUAUACAGCACGUGACUGUUAGGAAGCGGUCAGACUGGAAGGGUGGCAAAUGCUUUACAACUGUUCACAGGAACUUUAAAUGUCUUCAGAGGACAAAGAAGCUCAAGAAGAUGAGCUGCUUGCUUUGGCAAGUAUUUAUGAAGAUGAAUUCAAGAGAGCAGAGUCUGUACAAGGAGGAGAAAUUAGAGUCUCUGUGGACCUGCCACAAAACUUCAGCAUAUUUGUGAGUGGCUCCUCAACAGAUAAUCUUCAAGACAGCAAGUUUGAAUGCACUGUGUGCUUUUUGCCACCAAUUGUGCUGAAUUUUGAACUUCCAGCAGACUACCCGUCAACCGCCCCACCUGUGUUUGCCCUCAGUAGCAAAUGGCUGUCCCUGCUACAGCUUUCUGCCCUUUGCAAGCACUUGGAUAACUUGUGGGAAGAAAAUCAAGGCUGUGUGGUCUUGUUUGCCUGGAUACGGUUUCUCAAGGAAGAAACACUUGCCUAUCUGAACAUCACCUCCCCAUAUAAACCAAAGAUAUAUGACCACAGAAAAGAGCCAAACAUCACAAACAAAGAAGAAGUUUGUUACAGCAUAGCAGCUUCUGCGACGGCACAAGAAGAAACUCUUGAUGUGAGAGCUGUCCAAGAUGUUGAGUCUCUGUCCAGCCUGAUUAGGGAAAUUCUAGACUUCGAUCGGGCCCAGGGAGAAAAAUGCUUUAACAAUAAAAUGUACUUGUGUAAUAUCUGCUUUUCUGAAAAGCUGGGAAAGGAAUGUAUGUAUUUCAUGGACUGCAGGCAUGUGUACUGCAAGGCUUGCUUAAAGGACUACUUUGAAGUUCAGAUCCGAGAUGGGCAGGUCCAUUGCCUAAACUGUCCGGAACCAAAAUGUUCUUGUGUUGCUACUCCUGGGCAGGUGAAAGAGCUGGUAGAAGAGCAGCUAUUUGCACGGUAUGAUCGCCUGCUGCUUCAGUCAAGCCUGGAUUUGAUGGCAGAUGUUGUAUAUUGCCCACGUCCAUGCUGCCAAACGCCAGUGAUGCAGGAACCAUCUUGUAGUAUGGGCAUCUGUCCCAAGUGUAGUUACGCCUUCUGUACUCUGUGUAAGAUGACUUACCAUGGCGUCUCUCCAUGUAAAGUAACUGCAGAGAAGUUAGUGGAUUUGCGCAAUGAAUACCUUGAAGCAGAUGAGACCACAAAAAAGUUUCUAGAACAACGCUAUGGGAAAAGGGUGAUUCAAAAGGCUCUGGAGGAGAUGGAAAGUAAAGAAUGGCUGGAAAAGAAUUCCAAAUCAUGUCCUUGUUGUGGAACUCCUAUAGAGAAACUAGAUGGCUGCAACAAGAUGACAUGUACUGGCUGCAUGCAGUACUUCUGCUGGCUUUGUAUGGGUUCUCUCUCAAGGGCAAACCCAUACAGGCACUUCAAUGAUCCGGCCUCCCCAUGCUUUAACUUGUUAUUUCAGACUAUGCAGAAUGAUGCUGACUUAUGGGAUGAUGAUGAUGAUGAUGAUGAUGAAGAUUAGUCUCCUAGUAUCAAAAGCUGAAGAAAUCAAGAGUUACACCUUGCAUGCUGUUCAAGGUUGUCUUCAGUACUGGCCCGAAAGAAGAUACAGAAGCACUGCAAGAUGCUUACAGAACUUUAAAUUUCUGCCACUAGAAGCCUUUAACCGCUUGGAGUAGUUGUCCUUUCCUUUAGCUUUUAAAUAAUAGAACACUGAAAAAUUGAGCGAGAUCCCUAAAAUUCUACACCACUCUCCAUCUUGUAAAUGACCCUGUUGCCACUAAAACUGAUCCAGAUUGAUACAAAAUGGAAAUUCUGAACUGCUCCUUUCCUGUGAGCACAGUAGCUUGUUUAUGUCAGUAUCUGUUCCAGUAGAGGGAGAUAAUUACUUACCAGCUUAUUACGAAAUUGUUCUUUUUGAGAGCAGGGAGGAUUUGUGUAUGAAUAUAAUCUUGCAUGGAACUGCAUGUCAGCUGCUGCAAUGGAUUUAUUUAGUUACCUGUUUUAUGCCUUUCUAGAGCUACACUUAGUCUAUAAGUGAUCCUCAUUUUUUUUAAUACUUCAACUGACAUCUUCACAUUCUACUAGUUAACUGCUGUCAUCCACUGAUUUUAUUGGGGGCAGACUGUGUGACUACUGCUCGUUUAGACCCCUUCCAUCCCCUACACCCCAGUGGGAGUAGAAGCUACCUGUAGAAAACAAAGCCAUCUAGGAUUUUAGUAUAGCUAUGAUUGGACAGAAACUGUCUGUCCCACACCUAUGAGGGAGCAGCAGCUGACUGUUCACAUGGGGCUGUGAUUUUGGAGUGGGGGUAAUUUUUAGUGUGACUAAAUAUACUUCUGCAUCGCUGGAGUACUCAAACCACUACCUUUAUUUUUGGGUGGUCUGUUAAUUUCUAAACUGAGUUCACUAUUAUUUUGUGAUAAAAUACACACCAAUUAACACAAAUAUAUAAAAGAUUAGUGGUCAUCUAGAAAGCCAUCAAGCAAAUGGAUUUUGCUUGCCAAAGGCUAGUGAGAAUAAGAGUCAUAACUUGUUGCCCAAAAGGACAUGGGCUCCUCAUAAGUGCCUCUUCAAGGGAGUGCUACACACAGCUACACUACUGAAAAAGGCCUGCCUGCUAGCCACUGACUGAACUUAAGUAGGUAGGGGCACCUAGAACAGAUCCUUUGACAGUUUCAGUAAUUACGAAUGUUCAUAUAAGGAGGAAGUCGUCCACAUAUCUUACUCCCAGGCCAUUUAGGACUUUAUAUGUAAGAAGGAACACUGAAUUGUGCCUGAUAUUGUGUGUCUGCACAACUAGUUAUUUCCUUAAUCAUGCCCAGCAUGCUUUUUAUAGGCUCAUAUAUGAGCCGGGGGGGGGGGGGGGGCAGUUGGAAAACAUUAAUCGUGCUCCUGUCUUUCUCCCAGUCCCUGGAGGAAAGAGAUCAAGGUUGUAAGGGUAAUAAUAAGAGUGCAGGCGGAUGAUCCUCAGCACGUGCAAUAUUUGGCACCUUAGAGAGCUUCAAAACAUGGUUAUAGGGAACUGUAAGAAUAAUUGUGUUGAUUGCAUAGUAACUUGUGAAGCUUUCUAACUUCUUUCCCUGAUAUUCUGUUUUCUAAGAUCCAGGAUCCGAUGAUGUUUAAAUCUUCCAACUACUGUGAAAUAAAUACUAUGAUUCUG